CCUACACAUUCUUGCCUCGAACCUGCAGGGAAAUAAUAAUUGAGUACACACAACAUAUCCAAAAGCUGGGAAACUUUUUGUUCAUGUUACUAUCCGAGGCACUGGGGCUAAAACCGAACCAUCUCAAAGAAAUGGAGUGUGCCAGAGGUGUUUAUCAUGUAAUCCAUUAUUCUCCGCCGUGUCCAGAACCACAUCUAACUCUGGGAUCCAGCAAGCAUUCUGAUCCUGGCUUCCUGACUGUUCUUCUACAGGACCACAUCGGUGGUCUGCAGGUUUUGCAUCAGGACCAGUGGGUUGAUGUAUGUCCCAUACCUGGAGCUCUGGUUAUCAACAUUGGUGAUCUAUUACAGCUGAUUUCUAAUGACAAGUUUAAAAGUGUUGAACAUCGAGUACUUGCUAGCAAGAUUGGCCCGAGAAUUUCAGUGGCAUCGUUCUUUAGUACGCAUAUAUCUCCCUCUUCAAAGAUGUAUGGCCCCAUAGAGGAGCUGUUAUCCGCUGAAUAUCCUCCUAUAUAUCGCGAGAUCACAAUAAAGGAGUUUGUCACACGUUAUAGAUCCAAAGGAUUGGAUGGACAAUCAACACUAAUCUAUUUCAAGGUAUGAAUACUACACUUACUCUGGAGAUGUGUAUUGUGUGUGAGGGAAAAAAUUUCUACAUGGUAAGAUGAAAUGUAUGCAAACUUUGAGUUUAUGGGUGUGUGUAUGUCCGUAUGUAUAUACUUUUGUGUGUACGUGUAUGCGUAGUAAAGCUAGAUAAACUUAAGUUGAGA